AAGGAAGGAAAUAGAGCGUAGAUUUCGAGCAUUUAAUCUUGGUCAUUCAGUUGGAGACAUUUCUAAUCGUUUAGUUGGAGACGUUCAAUCAAAGGUAGAUAAAAUUAUAUCCCUUUCAAAAAUAGGCUCGGAUGAGGUAUGCGUUGUAGGGAUAUGUGGCACGGGUGGCCUGGGCAAGACAACUCUUGCUCGAGUUCUUUACAAGGCAGUCUAUCGCAAAUUUGACGCUAGCUGUUUUCUGAGCAACAUGAGGGAGGUUUCUAAAAGGCACGACUUAGCUUCCAUACAAAAGAUGCUUCUUCUUAAUCUUGGACUGAUUGCACAAGAUAUAGAUGAUCCUUGUGAGGGAUCAGGGAUAAUACGACGUCUUUUAUGCAAUAAAAAGGUUCUUAUUAUCCUCGAUGGUGUAAAUGACAAAAGCCAACUAGAAAAUUUAGCUGGGAGUUUAGUAUGGUUUGGGCGCGGGAGCAAAAUAAUAAUAACUACUAGAGAUGAAGGCUUGUUGACAAUAGUGGAUGGACGGUGUGAAAUAUAUAAAGUUGGAACAUUAGAUCCAGAUGAAUCCUUUGAGCUCUUCUGUCAGAGAGCAUUUGAAAAGAAUGAGCCUGAACAAGGUUAUUGGGACUUAUCAAAAGAAAUAAUUCAAUGCGUCGGUGGAGUUCCUUUGGCACUUGAAUUCUUCAGCUCCUUUGUUUCCAACGGAUCCCAAUCUGAAUUGAGAAACGUAUUACAUCAAUACAGGAAACUUUUACCUGUGGACAUCUUUGAUAUACUUCGCAUUAGUUACCAUGGACUGGAAGAGAAGUGCAAGAUGAUAUUUUUAGAUAUUGCCUGUUUUUUCAAUGGGAGGACAAAAUUUGAAGUGACAGAUAUAUUGAAAAUAUGCUAUAACCGUUCAAUAUAUGAUGAAAUCGAAGUUCUUAUUGCAAAAUCAUUGCUAAUUUCCACCGAAUUAAAUUCAAAUUCAAGAUAUAAUGCAGAACGUGAAGAUCUGCAAGAUAGGAUCCAAAAGAUGAGAAGCGAUAUUUUCUUGCCAACAUCUAUGUAUCAUAAAUUGAUUGAUGAGGCUUCACGAGGAUCCCUGCGUAUGUUUUAUUUUGUUGAAGAGAUGGGAAGGAACAUUGUUUAUGAUGAAUCUCCAAGUGAUCCUGGUAGUCGCAGCAGAUUGUGGCAUAUAGAGGACAUUGAUCGUGUGUUGAAAAGAAAUGAGGGAACGGAAUACAUCCAGAGUAUAGUAGUUUGGGAUCUAAAUCACGCAUUUGAAGUAAAAUGGCACCCAGAGUGCUUCUCAAAGAUGCAGAAUCUUAGGUUACUUGACUUAAGCAGUGUUCAUCUUGCCCAUAAUCUCAAUCAUCUUCCACGUGCAUUGAAAUUUCUAAGAUGGGAUUUUUAUGCUUUGAAACAUCUACCAUCAAUUGAUCUACUACAUGAUCUUGAAAGCCUUCAAUUGCGUAGCAGCAACAUCAGGAGACUCUGGAAUGGAGCGCCGGAAUUGAAUAAGCUGAGAACCAUUGAUCUAAGCAAUUCUUAUUAUCUAAGAGAAACUCCAGAUUUCAGUGGAACUCCAAACCUUGAAAAGUUGUUUUUCAAUGAUUGCGAAAGCGUUAUUCACAUUCAUGAAUCUGUUGGACAACUGAAGAAACUAGUUGAGUUGAGUUUGAGACGUUGUACAAAUCUUAAAUCUCUUCCAACUCCCUUGGAUAUGGAUAAUCUGGAGGUUUUUAUUCUGGAUGGAUGUUUCAACCUUGAGAAGCUCCCUGAAUUUAGUAAAGGAAUGAGAAGGCUAUACUUCUUGGAUGUGAGGAGCACUAAGAUCACCGAGAUUCCCUCAUCCAUAAUUAAUUUAGAAAAUCUGAAAUAUUUGGACUUGAGUUGGUGCUGGGAACUUCAGUCAAUACCGGAGCUUCCUCCAAACUCAAUUAUUCGUGCAGAAACGGGAUCCACAUUAGAUCUACAACAUCUCGUUGAAUUGCGUGUCUCUAAGCAUCCCAUUCACCUUGUUAUUGACUCGAAAGUGAAGGAAGUAAUCCCGCCGUGGUUUGAACAACAGGAACAUCGUUAUAGUAAGGAUGCCUCGGGUGAAGUAGUAACCAUAACAGCAGACGUAGCUAGUGAUGACUUGGCAAAUUCUGAGGGAAUUGCUGUGUACAUUAUCUUCGAAUGCUUAUCUGAUGAGGAAGCAUGGACAGGUUUCGCUAUAAAUUGGAAGUUCGAAGAUGACCCCCAUAAUACCAAUGAUAAGAAAAAAGGUGGUCGACCACAGCAUCGAGCACGUGCAGAUGCAAGCAGCCAAGUUGAUUCAACAGCUAAGAUUAAGUGUCGAGUUUACAGAGGAUUUUUUCCCAUUGAUAAGGAGAAGUGCCGACAGCAUCCAAGUGGUGUGGGCAGCCAAGUCGAUUUAACACUUUGUUUCCCAACAACGAAUAUUGGGAAAGUGAUUAUUCAUUCUGAGGAAACAAGUUUUGGGGACUUUGAAAUAGUGGAUUGUGGGUGGCGGUUGGUGUGUAAGCGAGAUUUGGAUGCAAGUAGCGCAAGCAUCAGGCAUGAAGUAGAAAUCGCUGAAUGUUGGCAGCCAAAAAAACAAAAAGAAAUUGUUGAAGACAUUCCAGCGCAGGGGGAAGAAAUUGCUGAGGACAGUGCAAAAUUGGUAGGAAAGAAAUUAGAUGAUGAGAUACCAUCUAAUUUUGAACAUUUAGUUGGAGACACUCAAUCAAAGGUCGAUGAGAUAAUCUCCCUUUUAAAGAUGGAAUUGGAUAAUGAUCCACGCUUCAUAAGGAUAUCGGGCGAGAGUGGCAUAGGAAAGACAACUCUUGCUCGACUUGUUUAUGAUGCAAUCCAAAGCAAAUUUGAUGCUACUUGUUUUCUUGAAAAUGUAAGGGAGGAUUCAGAAAGGUUUGGCAUAGUUUCCUUACAAAAGAAGCUUCUUUCAGAGCUUGGAUUAGGAGAACGCGAUGUAAGUGAUUUUUCUGAAGGUGCAAAGAUAAUAAGAAAAUUUUUAUGCCACAAAAAGGUUCUUAUUAUUCUCGAUGAUGUCAGUGAAAAAAGCCAACUAGAAAAUUUAGCAGGAAAUAAGGAAUGGUUUGGUGCAGGGAGUAAAAUAGUAAUAAUUACUACGGGGAACAUGUCGACAUUGGAUGAACAGCCUGAAGAGUGUCAAGUUGGAAGAUUACGUCCUGAUGAAUCCCUUCAGCUCUUACAUCAGGAAGCUUUUAAAAAGGAUAAGCCCGAACAAGUUUAUUUGGAUUUGUCAGAAGAAUUAGUUAAAUAUGUAUGUGGACUUCCUUUGGUACUUAAAGUCUUGGGGUCAUUUCUUUUCCAAAAAAAAGAAUAUGAAUGGAGAAAUGCAUCAGAAAGGUUGAGGCAAAAUUCACCCAUUGAUAUCUCUAGUGCACUUCGCAUAAGUUAUGAUGAAUUAGAAGAUGAAGAGUGCAAACGAAUAUUUUUAGAUAUUGCAUGUUUUUUUAACAGGGAGGUCAAAUUCAAGGUGAUAAAUAUGUUGGAAUCAUUAUGUGGUCCUCAUUCAGUGAGUGGAAUUAAAGUUCUAAUUGAAAAAUCUAUGCUGAAUUUCAUUCAUUCAAAUUCAGAUAUAAGGCAAACUGCAAAAGAAGAUCAGGAUAUGCUUGAUAAGGUUCAAAAGAUGAGAAGGGAUAUUUUUUUGCCUACACAUUUGUAUGAUUGGUUGCUGCAAGAGGCUUCAAAAGAAUAUCUAUAUAUGCAUGAUUUGCUUCAGACGAUGGGAAGGGAGAUCAUUUAUCAAGAAUCUCCAAAUGCUGGCAGACGUAGUCGAUUGUGGUCACGAGAUGAUAUUGAUAAUGUAUUGAAAGAAAAUGAGGGAACCGGAAACGUUCAAAGUAUAGUUUUGUAUAUACAACAACAUUUUGACGCAGAGUGGCACCCUGAUUGUUUUUCAAACAUGCAAAAUCUUACAUUACUCGAGUUGAGUAAGGCGCAUCUUACACGUAAUCUCAAUUCUCUUCCAAGUGCGUUGAAAAUUAUGAGAUGGGAUUAUUAUGAUUUGGAAUCUCUGCCACCGGUUGAUCAAUCACGUGAUCUUGAAAGCCUUCAAUUGCGCUGUAGCAAAAUCACAAGACUCUGGGAGGGAGCACCGGAAUUGCAUAAGCUGAGGACCAUUGAUCUGAGCCAUUCUGAUGAUCUAAGGGAAACUCCAGAUUUCAGUGGAACUCCAAAUCUUGAAGAGCUGCUGCUCAAUGGAUGCAGAAAGCUAGUCAAGGUUCAUGAAUCUGCUGGACAAUUGAAGAAUCUGGUUAAGUUGACUUUGAAAGAGUGUAGAAGACUUGAAAUUCUUCCCACUAAAUUGGAAACGGAUAAGCUAGCGGAGUUUAUACUAAAUGGAUGCUUAAAGCUUGAGAAACUCCCCGAGUUUAGUGAAAAUAUGGGAAGUCUAUAUUUCGUUGAUGUGAAGGGCACUGAUAUCACCGAAAUUCCUCAGUCCAUAAUUCACUUGACAAUUCUCAAAUACUUAGACUUGACAUAUUGCAGCAGACUGAAGUCAAUGCCCGAGCUCCCUCCAAAUGUAAUUAUAUAUGCAAGCAACUGUGACUUGUUGGAACCCACAUCUGCUCUACGGCAUCUCCAUGCAUCUUGUUCUCCAAAGGGUCCCAUUCACCUUUUCUAUGACUUCCAACUGUGGACAAGAAUCCCGACAUGGUUUGAACGGUGGGAAUAUUGCUGGGGUAAGGAUACCACAGGUGAAUUUGUAACCAUAACAGCAGACUUACCUUCCAACGUUGUUGCAGGUUCUAACAAAGAACGCUGGGGAAUUGCUGUAUGCGUUGUUUUUCAAUUCUUAUCUCAAGCAUGGCUUGGUUUCUCCAUAGACUGGAAGUUCAAAGACUGCCAUCCCAAGAAAACCAAAAUACAUGGUACUCCACUAUAUUAUGUGCAUGAUUGUCGAGUUUAUGUGGGAUUUUAUCCUUUCGACGCAAAUGAUAACUACAGACAAGAUCCAAGUCCAAUAAAAGGUGGCCAACUUGAUUUGACACUCGAUUUUCCAAAAGCCAACAUCAUUAAUGGUCUCCAUGAUUUGAAAAUAAUGGGAUGUGGGUGGCGUCUGGCAUGUAAGAAGGAUUUUGAUGAAUGGAGUGAAAGUAGAGCGCCAUCACCUCCAAGACUUGGCUUCUUUAAUAGGUAAUCAG